GGCCAAAUUACAACAAUGGACCAAAAGCCCACGAAAAACAGGAAUGAAAAUUUAGGUCAAGAACACAGAACUCACAUAUAUAGAGAACAGAAGCAGCAGCCUCCAUUCGAGAGCUUCUCUUUACAUCGAAAAAGAAGCAGCCGGAGGAGCAACAAAAUGCCGAAGCAAAUUCAUGAAAUCAAAGAUUUCCUUCUUACAGCAAGAAGGAAGGAUGCUCGUUCUGUCAAAAUCAAGAAAAGCAAAGAUGUGGUGAAGUUCAAGGUUCGCUGCUCCAAGUAUCUUUACACACUCUGUGUUUUCGACUCUGAGAAGGCCGAUAAGUUGAAGCAAUCUCUGCCACCAGGUUUGAGCGUUACAGACAUUUGAAGAAACAAACGACAAACUUGAGUUUUUGGCCUUGUGGGAAUUGGACGGAUCUUAUAUUUUAUGUCAUUUUUCCUUGUCUUAAUUUUGGUUAAACUUAAAUUAGAUGUUAUGCUAUUUCUGGAUUUAUGUAGUAGCUUUUUGGGAAUGGAUUUUUAGACUUGAAAAUGAUUGGCCAAAGUAAAAUACUAAAGUUAAGCUUCAA